AUGCCUGCAAUCAUCGGGAUUGCAGCGGGAGGAGCCAUUGUGCUGCUGCUGGUAGCCAUUGCGAUCGGGCUCGCAGUGUGCAAGCCUCGCAAGACCGUGAUUCGCCACGUGCGCGCUGCACCGCCACCCCUGCCAGUUGUGUACAAAGGCGCACCUCCCCCCAUGAUUCCCUACCCGGGAGGCCCCCCACCCCCCCAGGGCAUGGGGGGAGCUGCUAUGGCGGGGGGAGCAGCCAUGGGCGCAAUGGCAGGGGGAAUGGGCGCAAUGGGGGGGAUGGGGGGCGGACAGAUGGGCGGUGGGGGGCAGAUGAUGGGGGGAGGAGCGCAGAUGGCAUCAGGUCCGAACGCCCCUCCUUGGUCUGCAGGAGCCAUGGGGGGAGCGGAGGCAGCGGGGGGGAUGGGCGCAAUGGGGGGAGGCGGGGGGAUGGGGUCAGGGCACAUGGGGGGAGGCGGGGGGAUGGGGUCAGGGCACAUGGGGGGAAGGGUGGCGGGGCAGGCAAGUCAGGGCAGCUCGGCCGGGUCUGUUGCGAAACAGGCGCUGCUUCAGGUGCGUUUUCAGGUGCUUCAGGUGCGUUUUCAGGUGCUUCAGGUGCGUUUUCAGGUGCUUCAGGUGCUUCUGGUGCGUUUUCAGGAGCUUCAGGUGAAGGAGAUGGCAUCGAAGCACCACCCAGUGCUGGUGAAGGAGAUGGCAUCGAAGCACCACCCGGCGUUGGUGCGACUGCUGGGAUACUGUAUUGAUUUCAACCCCCGCACUCAGAACAUGGAACAGAUUCUGGUGUAUGAGUUUGUGGAUAACUGCGACCUCGAGAAGUGGCUGAGCCAAGGUGAGAGUGACUUGGGUGGGGUGGGGUGGGGUGGGGUGGCAUGGGAAGAGAUGGGGUGGGUGCGAGUGCAGGUGGUGAUAGGCGUGACAGAGGGGCUGCAGUACCUUCACAGAGGGGCUGCAGUACCUUCACAGAGGGGCUGCAGUACCUUCACAGAGGGGCUGCAGUACCUUCACAGAGGGGCUCUCCCCAUACCCCCUCAUGCAGUACCCCACACCAUCUGUGUGUGCCGUACUCCUGUGUUCGCCUUGACGCAGACACACCUCGGCCACUCAUGGCAAAGACACACCGUGCCCACUGUCGGCAAAGGGGCGAGUGCAGGUGAUGACAACACACCUCGCCCGCUGACAGCAAAGGAGCGAGUGCAGGUGAUGACCGGCGUGGCGGAGGGGCUGCAGCCGCUGACAGCCAAGGAGCGAGUGCAGGUGAUGACCGGCGUGGCGGAGGGGCUGCAGCACCUUAUGGUGAUGUGUCUGCAGCCCUUAUGGCAUAGCCAGGUGAUCUCUUGCCUGCAGUACCUUACGAUAUCCCUCUUCCUCUGUCUUCCCACGCAUCUCUUGCCCUCGUCCUGUCUCCCCACAGACACAGCCCGGCCGCUCACGGCAAAGGAGAGGGUGCAAGUGAUGAUAGGCGUGGCGGAGGGAUUGCAGUACCUGCACAGCUUUGGCAUCGUGCAUCGCGACAUCAAGCCCGCCAACAUCCUGCUUGACUCCAAGAUGAAUGCCAAGGUGGCUGAUUUCGGGCUGUGCAGCUUUGGCGUUGUCCUGCUAACAGUGAUCACAGCUCGCCGGGCGAUCUACGAAGUGGGGGACAAGCAGGUCAACAUCAAGGACUGGGGACAAGCAGGUCAACACCAAGGGCUGGGUGCUCCGCUUGUCGACGCAGUCUCCUCCCCCAUUCCAACAGUCCCUCCCUUCUUUCUUCCUCCACCACCCAUCACUCCGCCCCACUUCCAACAACAGGUCGCUCCGCUCGCCGACGCGUGCAACGCGCAGGCCUUUCGGGACACGCGCCUGGAAGCAUCCCAUCCCAACUUCACACUCUUUCUCCUGUUGUCCCUCACCCUCUUCCAACAGCAGGUCGCUCCGCUCGUCGACGCGUGCAACGCGCCGGCCUUCCGGGAUCCGCGCCUGGAAGCGCCCGACGAUCUCGUUGCUCCACUCGCCGACGCCUGCAACGCCCCAGCUUUUAGAGACCCGCGCCUGGAAGCGCCCGACGAUCUCGUGCUGCGCCUCGCGCGCCUCGCCAUCGACUGCACCAAGGUGCCCGUCGCGUCGCGGCCGUCCAUGGCACGCGUUCUCGCGGAGCUCAUGGAUAUGAAGGAGGCGUUCUUCGGGCCGGAAACGGACAAGGUGGUUUCGAGUAUCGAUAGGGAGAUUGACGAUUCGAAUAGUCUGGGAAGCCUUACGAUGGAGUUGAAAAAGGCGGAGCAGCUUGGAGCAGGCAGCGGGAGCGGAGGAUUAUAA